AUGGUGGCUCCUGUGCCUCCAGGGGCAACUAGACCCAACAACCAGCAAAACUCCGGCCCACCAAAUUACUUCCCAGGGAACUCAAACGCUUUAGCUGACAAUAUGCAGAAUCUAAACAUGAAUCGACCACCUCCUCCCAUGAUGCCUGGUUCAGGUCCUAGACCACCUCCUCCUUUUGGCCAGUCACCACAACAUUUCCCUCAGCAAUCCCCUUCUUAUGGAGCUCCACAACGUGGUCCUUCACCAAUGCCCCGGCCUGGACCUCCAGCUGGGAUGGGUAGACCAGGUGGUCCUCCUCCGGUUUCACAACCAACCGGUUAUCCCUCAAAUGUACGACCCACUGGUCCACCGUUUGGCUCCAGACCGUCAAUGCCUGGUGGGCCAGUGGCACAGCCUGCUGCAGGUCCUCCUCCAGGAGCACGCCCAAUGGCAUAUGGUUCACCUCCACCUGUUGGAUCUGGCAUGUCUAUGCCUCCCUCAGGCAUGCUUGGUGGUCCAGUCAGUAAUGGUCAUCAAAUGGCUGGUCCCGGAGGGUUUCCAAGGGGAAACCGGUACCCUGGUGCUGCUACGACUCCACAGGCACUGUAUCAACAGCCUCCAGCACCACCUUUCGCUCGUGCUCCUCCACAGCCACCAGCAACCUUUCCUGGAGCCCCUCAUGGUAGACCAGCAGUAACAGGCCUGCCUUACGGUCCACCACCAGGGCAGGUAGCUCCACCUCAAGGCUUUCCUGGUCCAAUGCAACCACCAAGAUAUGGGAUGGGUCCUCUGCCAAAUCAGUCGAUGACCACCAUACCCUCUGCUAUAGGCCAACCUGGUACCUCUGCUCCUGGGCACUCAAGGAUUGAUCCGAACCAAAUCCCAAGGCCAGGUUCCAGCUCCAGCCCGAUUGUGUUUGAAACUCGCCAGAGUAAUCAGGCUAAUCCUCCCCCGCCUGCUAAUAGUGAUUACAUAGCUCGAGAUACCGGAAACUGUAGUCCCCGUUUCAUGAGGUGCACGAUCAAUCAGAUCCCAUGUACAUCUGAUCUUCUAUCUACAUCUGGAAUGCAACUGGCAUUGAUGGUCCAACCCCUGGCGCUUUCUCAUCCAUCUGAAGAGCCUAUACAAGUUGUGGACUUUGGUGAGGGUGGGCCUGUUCGAUGUUCACGCUGCAAGGGCUACAUAAAUCCUUUCAUGAAGUUCAUUGACCAAGGAAAGAAGUUCAUCUGUAACUUCUGUGGAUACACUGAUGAGACUCCCCGUGACUAUCACUGUAAUCUGGGUCCAGAUGGUAGACGUAGGGAUGCUGAUGAAAGACCUGAGCUGUGUAGGGGAACUGUCGAGUUUGUUGCUACAAAAGAAUACAUGGUACGGGAUCCAAUGCCAGCAGUGUACUUUUUCCUCGUUGAUGUCUCAAUGAAUGCAAUACAAACAGGUGCUACUGCUGCUGCUUGCAGUGCAAUCCAGCAAGUCCUUUCAGACCUUCAGGAAGGUCCUAGGACAUUUGUUGGAAUUGCUACAUUCGACUCAACAAUCCACUUUUAUAAUUUGAAACGUGCACUGCAGCAGCCAUUGAUGCUCAUUGUCCCUGAUGUACAAGAUGUUUAUACACCUCUAGAAACAGAUGUAGUUGUUCAACUAUCUGAGUGCCGUCAACACCUAGAGCUUUUGCUGGAGAGUAUCCCAACGAUGUUUCAGGAAACUAAGACUCCUGAAUCUGCUUUUGGUGCAGCAGUUAAGGCUGCUUUCUUGGCGAUGAAGAGCAAAGGAGGGAAGCUUAUGGUGUUUCAAUCAGUUUUGUGUUCUGUUGGUGUUGGAGCACUUUCUUCAAGAGAGGCCGAAGGGAGAGCUAACACGUCUGCUGGUGAAAAGGAGGCCCAUAAAUUACUACAACCAGCAGACAAAACUCUAAGGACUAUGGCCAUUGAAUUUGCUGAAUACCAGGUCUGUGUAGAUAUAUUUAUCACAAGUCAGGCUUAUGUUGACAUGGCUUCAAUAUCCGUCAUUCCAAGAACUACCGGAGGACAGGUGUACUGUUAUUACCCUUUCUCAGCUCUCUCAGAUCCUCCCAAGCUUUACAACGAUCUUAAAUGGAAUAUAACUAGGCCACAGGGUUUUGAGGCUGUCAUGCGAGUCAGAUGCAGCCAGGGUAUCCAAGUGCAAGAUUACUCUGGGAAUUUCUGCAAACGCAUUCCAACCGACAUCGAUCUUCCAGCGAUUGACUGUGACAAAGCUGUAAUGGUAACGUUAAAGCAUGAUGACAAAUUACAAGAUGGAGCUGAAUGUUCUUUCCAGUGUGCCCUUCUGUAUACUACCAUAGAUGGAGGGAGAAGAAUUAGGGUUACCACAUUAUCACUCCCUUGUACGAACAUGCUCAGUAAUUUGUUUCGCGCUGCUGACUUAGAUUCUCAAUUUGCUUGUAUGCUGAAACAAGCGGCUAAUGAAAUCCCUUCAAAGGCACUUCCAUUGGUAAAGGAGCAAGCAACUAAUGGUUGCAUCAAUACACUCUAUGCCUAUCGUAAAUUUUGUGCUACAGUUACAUCGUCUGGACAACUUAUUCUUCCCGAAGCGCUCAAGCUUUUGCCAUUAUAUACCCUCGCAUUGACCAAAAGUGUGGGUUUAAGAACGGAUGGGAGAAUUGAUGGUCGAUCAUUCUGGAUCAACUAUGUGUCUUCCCUCUCUACUCCUAUGGCAGUCCCACUUGUUUAUCCCCGGAUGUUUUCUGUUCACAACCUUGAUGCGAAGGACAGUGAAGGAUCUGUCCUUCCUCCUCCAAUCCCACUGUCAAGUGAACAUCUUAGCAAUGAUGGAGUCUAUUUUCUUGAGAAUGGUGAAGACGGUCUACUAUAUGUUGGCGAAUCAGUGGAGUCUGAUAUUCUGCAGAAACUUUUUGAUGUUUCUUCAGCUGCCGAAAUUCCUAGCCAGUAUGUGCUGCAGCAGUAUGAUAAUCAGCUAUCAAAGAAGUUCAAUGAUGUGGUGAAUGAAAUAAGGAGACAAAGAUGUUCUUACCUAAGCAUAAAACUGUGCAAGAAGGGAGAUCCAUCAGGAAUGCUGUUUCUCUCAUAUAUGGUAGAGGACAGAACAGCAGGCGGCCCGUCGUAUGUUGAGUUUCUUGUUACAGUCCAUCGCCAAAUCCAGCUCAAAAUGAACUGA